GCCGUCUGCUGUCAAUUUUCAGCCCGUCCGCUGUCAAUUCUCAGUCCGUCCACUAUCAUUCUCAGCCCGUCCGCUGUCAGUUCUCCAUCCCUCUCAACCGCUACUCCGCCAUUGUCCAUUCUCCCAGCCCACCAUUCCUCGUUGUCAGCAUGCCUCUCCAUCGUUGCAUGACACCCCCUCGAUGACCCUCGUGGGCCGACGACGCGUUCAAAGUCAGACGCAUCGCCGUCAGGCUGUCCUCCGUUUCGGUACUUACAACUGCCAGUGCUGACUGUAUUCGAUAUACUCGACCCCUCCGCCCGCUUGCCGCUUAGCCGCCGCCUUCCUCGAACUUCCACUUCCUCGAGGCUCGAGCUUCGAACUCGCUCUGCCACCGCCAGACCGGAUGAAGGUGCACGCCAUCGAUGCGCUCGAGGGCGCGCCGUCCGAUGUCGAAGGGCGCCUCGUCCGAUGUUGAAGGGCGCCUCCCGCUAUCAGAUACGUUCGAGAGCGCCUCCUGCCAUCAGAUACGCCCGCCGCGCACGUCGACGCCGCCGCCGCUCGUUGCCUACCUGCCUAACUGGAGUUGCAACUGUCCCGUCGGCAAGCUGCCUCGUAAAUACACGCUCUCGCUCAGGCUCUCGCUCUGACUCUUGCUCGGACUACGCGACGC